AUGGUGAAGACACGAGACCUCCACAGAUUUGCUCGGGGCUGCAGCCGCCGGAUUUUCGCCUUCUCUUGCCUUCUCGCUGCAGUUUCUUGCAUUCCGUCCGUGCUUGCUCAGCAGGGGAAGGGAGAGGCAGGUCUAGUCCCGCAGGUUUUUCAAGAGUGCACCGCCGAGGAAGAUGCAGCUGUGGUGUUUCAGGCGGAGGACGUCACCAAACUGUUCAAGUGUCCCAACGGAUGGGAGUUGGAUCCCAGCGAUAAGAAGGUUCACCAGGAGGGCAGCGAGUCUCCACGGGAAUUGGGGGACGUCUUCUCGGGAGCGAAACUGGAGAAUUCGGGAAGUGGGUACAAGCUGACGCUCCCUGCUGGCAGCGACCGCGAGAAGACGACUUGGUACUACACCUGCAAAGCUUCAUCUGGGACUUCCAGCGGCGCAGAUGACACGCAAGACACAACCGACCAGAACGGGCAGCUGAACAACGAUGGAUCGUCUGCUGCUCCAGCUCCGCCCUCCAAGCCUGAGGAGGAAUCUGACGGCGUGAGCCGUCCUGGACCGCCAGAGGAGGCCAUCUCACCGAACGCGGUAGGAAGCGAAAAAGACCCGGCCGCUCCCAAUUUGGAGUCGGAGCCUGAAUCGGUUCACCCGAGUACCCCUUCUACUCCUUCGCCUUCAGUUCCUGGUGUCAGUGUCGACCCUGGCGAGCAAGACGGAGUGCGAAAAGAACAAGAUGUAGAAGGUAACAAGAAUAUCCGCCCCAGUCGCGUUCCUGACAACGAUCUGCAGACGCAGGACCAUGCCGUCGGUGAGCCUGACCCUACAGAGAAGCAAGAUGUCCCCCUAGCCCCCAAGGCCAGCUCCGCAGUUGCAGCUAUGAGCAGCGCCCGCUCUCGCUCGCAUCGCGGAGCCCGUCAGGAGAAGCGGACAUCCUGCCGAAUAACGGUUGAAGUCGUCGCCUCUACCCUCGUUGAAUGCAAAACAGGUGAAACCAAGACUGCCAACGUCUCAGCCGCUGGCGACCGAGUGGCCUUCAAGUGUGCAGCGGGGCUGUCGCUGAAGCCUGAGAAACUGGAUCAGGUUUAUGACGACAAGGACGGAAACUGCGCGUCGCAGGUCGCUCUCACAACUCUUGUGAAGGGGUCGCUGUUCAGUCUGGCUGACAAGCCUGAGGCCCCAGCCAAGAAUACCUCGUAUGUACUGCGAGUGGAUGAGCUGCCUGCAGAGCAGCAGGCCAUCUGCUACAAGUGUGUCGACAACUCGACGGGUGCGAAAACCGAUGACGACUCAAAAGAUCCUUUGAAAGAGUGUCUGCUCAAGAUUGCUGUCUCGUCAGCGGUAUUUUCAGUUUCAGGUUUAGCUACCGCCUCCGUGUACUACAUUCUCGGGGGUGUGCUGGCGGGUAUUCUCUUUAUCAAUUGA